CCGUUGCUUGUAUGGACCACCUGCGCGGUGUGGCGAGUUUGGGUGUUCCGUCGUUCCGUGGCGUGUUUUUGCAGUGGCGCCAGCAGGCGCCAGUGCAGCGGCGCGUAUGGCGCGUAGUUGUGUUGAGUGGCGUUUCUGAUUUUCGUCGUCUGCCUGUACGUGAUCCUUAUAUUUUACCGUCAUACUUAUAAAUGAUCCUACAUGUCUUUCGACGGGUGCCCUUUCGGCCGUCUUCGUACUUCCUGCUGCCUUUGCGUGGAGUGGCUUUACCCGCUGCAAGUUAUGUCAGGGGCAUCCUAGGAUCAGCCGGAAUGGCUCCGCAGAAGCCCCCAAAUGUGCUCAUUUUCACUGAUGAAGAUGCCGGAUCAAGCCAGCCUCGUUUUCACGCCGUGAAGGAAACUUUGAGCAUGUGCCUCAGCCCGGAUAACUACGCUGUUUACCCUCUGUCUGAGAACCAGGUCAAAACUACUCCUUGGUUGACCAACACUAAACUCCUUAUUGUUGCAUGCAGUGAAAUUAGCAGCACAACAAGGCGCAUCUUUACUGAAUAUUUUCUACGUGGAGGGAAUCUUCUUGUCAUGGCUGCAAAACUAGACUUGCCUGGUGUUCGGCCACUGGAACACACUUCAGGGCAUCAAGACAUUGCUAAAGUAACAUAUGACACUGCAGGAGACAUUGCUGUGCUGAGAGGUGAUGUAGUUUACCAGUUUGACCCAGGUACAAGAGUUAAAACUUUGGCAUGCGAUCAGGAUGGUGCUGGCCUCCUAUUUGAGCUUCGAGGGUGUGGCGGCAACGGAUUAGCACUUCUAUCUCAGAUUCACCUGGAGUUUGACCCUGUGUUCUUCAGUACAUCUGAGGACGUGUUUGCAAAACUAAAGAAAGCAAAUGAGAGCAGGAUAUCGAUGUUGCGAAACAUACUGUCCACACGCUUUCGCUUGAAUUGCAGCAUCAGUGUCUCCCACAAGUUGUCCACAGGAAAUGUAUUUGCAGCAGACAGGGCGGUGCUUUUGGACUUUUUGUCUCGACCACAAACUACUUCUGGUGCGCUUGUGGAUGGUGGCAUCACUUUUCACUACCUCACAGCACACAAUGCCACAUCCAUGACACCUACAAUUGACUGCCUGCCUGUGAUCAUUCCGUCUAGUGAUACAUUCUUCAGCAGCCCAUCUUUUAACAGUGCAAUCUAUUUUACUGCAUUGAGGACACACAGCUUGGGCCGACUAGCCCUUUUUGUUGAGAACGUAACCACCACCAUGGCAGCUAUAAAAGCUUUACAAUCUAUCCAUGGAUCUGUUGCUAUUGCCACACGUCAGCUGAAUGGAGUAGGUCGAGGAGGCAAUGCCUGGCUUGGCCCUGCUGGCUGUGCCAUGUUCACCGUGUGCCUGCAGUUGCCACUGCAUUCACCACUGGGCCAAAGAAGCCCUUUUGUCCAGCAUCUUGCUGCCCUGGCUAUGGCCAAAGCUGUCCGUAGCACACAGGGCUAUGAGAUGGUAAAUAUCAGAGUGAAGUGGCCAAACGACAUUUACUAUGGGUCCCAUGUGAAAAUAGGAGGCGUCUUGGUCUCAUCAACGGUUAACAAGGAUGCCAUUACUUGCUUUAUAGGCUGUGGCAUGAAUGUUUCAAACAGCCAACCAACUCUAUGCAUCAAUGACAUUGCAAAAGUAGUGUCCUGUAAAUUUAACACGCAGCAAGUGGUUUGCCCGCUGACACCUGAAGAAGUCAUUGCUAAGGUGUUGAACGAAAUAGAGUUUUUGGUGGCUACAUUCCAAAGUGGAGGGAGCAGCAUGGUAUUACAAGAAUACUACAAGUACUGGCUCCAUGGUGGCCAGGAAGUCACCCUGCAAGAUUUCGGAUGCAAGGCUUUGAUCAAAGGCUUGGAUGAUUUCGGCUACUUAUUGGCAGAGUGCUCGGGCAAACUAUACAAAUUGCAGCCUGAUGGAAACAGCUUCGACCUUAUGAACAAUCUUAUUGUUACAAAAGCAUAGCAUUUAUCUGUGUUAUAAGAUCCCUAACAUAGUGGAACCUCAAUGUAACGAAGUUGCAUCUUCACCGCAGAACUUGCUAAAUUGUGAGCUGAUACUUUUUUAUGCAGUAAUGUUUUCGCAACUGUACUCUGUACUGAUGACUAACCUGUGGUGAAUGAGUAUGCUUAAAUAAGAGUUCAGCAGAAAUUCAAGUAAUAAUCACAAAACUGAAGUGCUCAAACAGUUGGGCUGUAUAAUCGUGGGUGCUAUAGCUGCUGAAGCAUAGGUUAGAGAAGUGACACGGGCCUGUGGCUCCCACAAUUUAUAGCGUAGCACAAUAGAAAGAUUUAGUCAAGCAUUUACCGUCCGCUCCACUUAGACCAAUGUAUCCUUAAAAAUUUGUGCACAGCUACUCACUGAGAAUGCUAGUACGCGUACGCACAAUGCUCAUGUCGGCAGCAGAUGGCAGAACACUGCCCUCGUUUCACUGCUGAGCUAAUUGAAUGGAGCGUGACGGUGCAUCCACUUGGCUUUAGUUGUUUUGCAGCCAGACUGACUGCGUGCCACUUGCAUCUCUGGAAGACUCACUUAUCAAAAAUGUGCAAUCAGCGCAGAUCUCUGCAGUGCCUGAGCACAUGAAAUGUGAACGGAGCAGACUGUAGGCGAUGCUCUGCUAAAACUAUCUAAUGUCUGUAAUAUCUAGUGUCAUUGCUUUAAGUGACACAAGUCAUCUUAAAGGAACAUGGAAGGGGACCUUACAGUUAAGCUAGAAAAUAAGAUACCCCUUCAGGAAUUACGAAUUGGUCAGUCUCACCUCUUGACCAAAAAGCUUAGAAAGGCAGCAGACAGGUGGCACUGCUGUUGCACCACCUCCUUAUGUGUUCAUAGGCCUUUGCUAUUUCUAGCUGGGGCUUGUUAAUCAUUCAUUAACAAAAUAUGAUUAGAUUGUAUUUUCAAAUGAGCGAGGACUCAACCUGCUACUUUUGUUAACUUUUACUGUGCACCUGCCGUGUAGCACUGUGGCUAUGGCAUUCUGCAGCUGAACACGAGGUCGUGGGUUCGAUUGUUGGCCUUGGCGGCCGCAUUUUGGUGGCAGCGAAAUGGGAAUACACUCGUGUGUAGACUUAGGUGCAUUUUAAAAACCCCGGGUUCUCAAAUAAAUCUGGAGCCCUCCACUCCACUACGGAGUCGCUUUGGGAAUCAAAUCAAUCGACGAAUCAAAUCAAUCAACUUUACCUUCAAUAACCAAAUUUUUUUUUUCUGCUAGUAAGCCUUCUUUAUCUGCCAAAUAAAUGCAGAGAGUGUUUUGAAAGAGCAAUCUGUCUAGUCUAAUUUAGUGUGUCUUUUCAAUGUCCCUUUAAAAAACUGUGAAGCUUCCUUGAUGCAGUUAGCAAAGAAUAUUUCAUCCAAUAUCAUUGAUACUAAUGCCUAGAAAAGAGUGGAUUCAUUGUUGGACGCUCCUUUGAAAGAUUGUGUACUUGUAACGAAUCAGCUUAUUGCUCAUGGACAAGUAAUUAGCUUUUUGCUUAUCAGCUAGCCUAAGGGUACGGAAACGAGUCCAGGCCGCAGCGGCCACAUUUUAAUGGGAGGGAAAUGCAAAAUCACUGUGCCAUACAUUGGUUGCACGUUAAAAAGCCCACAGGUGAUCAAAAUUAAUCCGGAAUUCCCCACUACGGCAUGCCUCAAUUAUAUCAUGGUUCUGGCACGUAAAACUCCAGAAUUUAUUUAUGUUACUAUCAGCUGUUGCCAUGUCAUGCAAAGGUCGUUCUGCAAUGUGUAUAAACGUUGCUUGUCAGCCAUUUUGAGUGAACAAGCUCAUGUGUAGAGUACAUAAUCAUCAUCACCAGGCCAAAUGUUAUUUAUUAGUGCAUUCUGAGGAGCCAGGAAGUACGAAAGAAAAAUUGCACAUUCUGUCCAGUGGGUGGUUCCAAUGACAUUCUAAAGUCAUAAAUAGCAGAAUAGCUGCUGCAGAAGCACUUUGUCACUAGUUGCACGAUACUUAGCAGGAACUGGCAGUGCAGGUGAGAUAGCUUGUGGAACGAGGAGUGCAUGCUCGCAUCAAAGCAAAAACAAGUGAAAGGAGCCCAGCAGGGCAUGUUGCUCUGACGUGCACUCGUAUCUCCUGCGAAAGCUAGGCUCUUGCCAUGUCAGGGAGAAGUGUUGAGGAAAGAGCAAAAGGGAGAGCAUGAAGCAUUUUUUAAAUAUGUGAAAUGGUUGUAGCUUAGCAAUUGCUGUAAGUUUUGGAAAAUUAUCCCCGCAGAAUGUUUUCUUUUUUUAUAUCGUGUAGUGAAGAACAGGGACAAGCAGUAGUGGGGUGCUCUCAUAGAUGUAGGGCGUGAGCGCAGAUCACGAGCUGUUGGCGCCAAGACCGUUGCUCUCUUGCGACUGUACUGGUUUUUCACCUGUCGCUUGCCAUCAGUAAAUCUCCUUAUCAAAGUGGUGGAGGCGCUGGGUACCCUCUUCAAACCUGGAACUCCGAAGCCGGACGUUGCCCACCGCUGCUCCGACGCCGCUUUUCAGGGCGCAGCCACAGUACGCAAAUCCUUGGCACACUGCAGACAACCGGCCGACCUGCUACGCUUGCGGAAUUCCGGGUCAUGUUGCGCGCUUACUGUUGCCGACGCUUCGUGGCGACCACGAGUACGCCGAGAUGUCCUGCCUACUCCUUCCGACCUCCCUAUUGCACGCAGCCAGAACGAGAGCCUGAAACAUACGCCCGUGAUCCCCAGCCCCCUUCCGAUGUCCAACCUUUUGCUGCUCGUCGGUCCCCCUCACCACGCCGCCGUUCUCUUUCGCCUAUGCGUCGCCGGUCCAAUACUGGUGAGGCGGAAAACUGAAUGCCGCAGCUUCUGAGGCACGAGCUGCACCGUUGUCAACCUGUCGUAAGUCCUCGCUUGGCCCCCGCCAAUGUUAUUGAAGUGUUUGUUGACGGUGUACGAACUCUUGCGCUUGUGGACACUGGCGCCGCUAUUUCUGUAAUGAGCCAUACGUUUUGCCGUUCCAUCUGUAAAGUGACGACGCCACCUUCAGGGUUUUCUCUCCGUACUGUGAGCGCACAAUAUAUUCAACCCGUUGCAGCAUGUACGGCCAGGGUGCUCAUACAAGACGUGAUCUACAGCGUUGAGUUUCUUGUACUGGCCUCUUGUUCCUAUGACCUGAUCUUCGGGUGGGAUUUUUUGUCCUGUAACCGCGCUGUUAUCGACCGCGCUCGUGCUCAGGUAGAGCUCACUGUGUUUCCUGAGACGCCUUCCACCCAUGUGGCCGGUCCUGGGGAUAGAAAGCGUGUCGUCACCGCCGAUACUGACCUGCCACCUCGGAGUGUCAUCAUUGUUCCCGUUUCCUGUGCCGCCCUUUCCGACGCCACCGUUCUGUUCACGCCAUCUGACAUGUUUUGUCGCCGCCACAAUACGUCACUGCCUUUUGCCAUCCUCGCACUUCAUCAGGACAAUCCCGGACUGCUUGUUUGCAACCCCAACUCAGGCCCUCUGACUUUGUACCGAAAUGAAACGCUUGGCCAUGUUCAGCCUGUAGACGCUGAUGUUGUCAAACCCCUUGAUCCCUCUGAGCCUGAGACUCAGCAUCAGCUGAACGCCCUGACCCCUCACCUUGCGUCCGACGCCAUGCUUUCGGAUUCUUUUCACCAUUCCAUCGACAGCGACCUCGAUCCAGCUGCACGGGCGCAGCUUCUUGCCCUUCUACAGAAGUUACGCACUUCGUUUGACUUACCGCAAGCGUCACUAGGCCGAACUAAUGCGGUUGUUCACAUGAUUUACAACUGGGCCUCAAGCUCCUUUGCGACAGCGCCCCUACCGUGUGUCACCUGCGGAACGUCAUGUCAUUACGGAGCAGGUUGACGACAUGCUUCAGCACGGAGUCAUUACACCUUCUUGCAGGCCCUGGUCCUCUCCUGUUGUACUGGUCAAAAAGAAAGAUGGCUCUAUUACAUUCUGUGUGGACUACCGACGCCUCAGCAAGAUUACUCGCAAAGAUGUCUAUCCUCUUCCUUGAAUAGACGGUGCCCUCGAUUGCCUUCAAGGUGCCGAAUUUUUUUCUUCUCUCGACUUGCGAUCAGGAUAUUGGCAGGUCCCUAUGGCGGAGUGUGAUCGUCCCAAGACGGCAUUCGUCACACCGGAUGGUCUGUAUGAAUUUACCGUAAUGACUUUCGGACUUUGCAAUGCGCCCGCAAUAUUCGAACAGAUGAUGAACGGCAUUGGGGCGCCAAGACCGUUGCUCUCUUGCGACUGUACUGGUUUUUCGCCUGCGGCUUGCCAUCAGUAAAUCUCCUUAUCAAUAGUUUCAAAUUUGUCUUUUGGUAAUGUCCAGAUAGUACAUCACAAGAGACAGUACUGCAAGGAGCUGAGGUUCUGGCCAGGGUGACAGAAAAGUGAGAAUUUGAAAACUGAAGAAUUGGUGCAGGGAAUCUUUGCCCAUGAUAGAUACACAUAUUUGAAACAUUUUUACCGUAAUGAGCAGCAAUGAAUCGGCCAUAGGAACUUGUGAGGUAAACAAAACUGCUAAUGCAGUAUUUGGUGUGUUUUCUAAAAGAUAGCCACAUUUGUAAUGAUAUUUUUAAUAGCAUCAUGCAUGCAUAUAGCACAAGAAUGCAUUCUGUUGAAAUGCAAUGCAGAAUUGCGCUGUAUUUGACACUGUGAACAGUGAGGUAAGGGUAUCGAUGACAAUGAAAUACAUUUCUCACUCUCAUUCACUAUUGACACGUAACAGUUGAUGGAAUCACCACCUGACUGUUGUCACUGUGCAUUUUAUAAAUAAAUUUUAUCUCGGGAACCCAACCGAAUGGUGUGCUAAUAACCUAUAUGACAUGGUCUGCAACAUAAGUUUUUUCCUCCCUAUAUACCUCCCCUAGUGCAGGAUAGAAAUUGAAUGUGCGUCUGGUUAACCUCUUGCUUUUUCUCUCUCUUCUCGCUUUCUCUCUACAAGAGAUGUGUAAAAUUGACAUUCACAAUAAUGUUGGGGCCUGAAAUUUCGUUUCCUUAGCUGCAGUUUUUUAAUGCUCUCCUGUGGCUUUCUUUUUUUCCCCAUUGCAAGUAGGCUGGAUGCUACAGGGGCAGGCAGGACUGUAAUGCCCGACCACUCUUGUGUAGAUGCUUCACCUUUUUAAAUAUUUAUUUAUUUUUAUGUGCUUUUGAGCAUGGGCUAUUCUUCCAUAAAAUGAAGUGGGCAGUAGUAAAUAAUUAAAUAUGCCUAAGAUUGAAGUACAGGAAAGGGCAGACAAGGGUGCUAUACUUUCCAGCACUUUUGCAAGGCAGUACUGAUUAUGGCUCAGAUAAGAUUGAAAUGUUGUUUGACACAAAUGCAAGAACAAUGGCAGAAAUCGGCUCAUGUGAUCAGCAGUUACUCAACCAAGAAAUUGCCAAAAUGCAAACCAACAAGAAGUUGUUGGUUUGCAUCACCAUUAUUACUCGCCUACUAUCAGCUAAUGCCAAGCACCCAUCACAUACAUGUGUAGAGGGAAGUUCACAUGCCAUCAUUGCCUUUUCAUUGUUGUAUGUUUCUACAGGCGUUGAUGGCACUGUUGCCACAUAGUCACAACAACCAUGUCGAGUAAGCUAAAAGAAUGUUUAAACAUCAGAAGUGAGCACUUGCAAGAGAGGACAGCUUGUGGGAGCCACUUUUCUUUCCUGUCUGGUUCUCACACACCUGCUCAUCUCCUCUGGCCAUUCUAGCCAUAGAGUUUCCUACAGAAGUGACUUAAGAGAACUCUGGCACUGCGAUCAUUCAGCUGCCAUGGCAGCAAUGGGUAAUAUGCAUGGAUUUGUGCAGUCUUUGUGCUUGUGGCUUCAGACAUGCUUGUGACGUUUUUUUACGCUUUGCCUUUCUCAAUUUCCAAGCAACCAUAGUUUUGUAAACUUUGCAAGGAAGUAAGUCAUUGUGCACAUACGUAACCAUAGUUACAUAGUUACAUUUAUAAUACUUUGGCUGUGUUCCAAUACUCGCCGUAGAUGGCAAAGUAGAUGGCUAAUCUUAAGUCUUGUUCCAAUUCUCACGAAGACGUCAAAAUAGACAGCUUCGCCAAGACAGAAUCCAAGUCAAAACGAUGCAGGCUACUUUCCUGCCCAAACAAGAUGGCGGCUGAGCGGGCUGCUUGGAAAGCCGACAGGAAGUAUGCGCACAAGAAAAUGCAGACACACUUUCCUAUGCCCUUAAUGUAAGUCACAUUGUGUUUUGCAUAGGUUCCGGGCGCAAAGACCUAAAAUGCAGAAAUAAUCUGUGCUUUUCUCAACUUUUUCUUGUCGCUGUGAGGUGGCGUCAAGUUGCAGACGCAUGUUCCAUACGCCUUCUAGACGGUUCGAAAUGCUUUCCAUUACAUGGCCUCGGAAGUUGUCUCGGCUGUCUGCUUAGCUGUCUACGUAGGCUGUCUCCGAUGCUGGCCAGUAUUGGAACACACCCAAUAUAGUGUUAAAAAUUAUCAAUUAGCAAGUCACAAAGCGGUUAGAAGCCAGAAGGAUGAAGUUGAGGCAAAUCCAUUUCCCGCUCAUCAUUUCCAGGCUGGUUGAACCGGCAUGCUUGCGGCUCCCAUAGACACUAGUGCCAGAGUUCCCUCUAGUAAUGUUUGUAGGAAACUGAUAUUCUAGCCACUCAGCCUUCACACCACCCAUGUGCUCUUCCUUCACUGGGUAAUUCGAUUCAUUUGGAGGAGGUCAUCCCCAGUAAUUCAGCGAAGAUGUAACAAAGCCCACUGUGGAUCUACCAGAGUAUCAUUUGCAACCUUUGUAAUACUGAGGUUGAGAGAGCAUUCCACAGCCUGCUUUUUCCCUUCAGUUGUUGCAGGGUACACUGAACCCAAUGAGAGGUUGUGUGUAGGCUUGAUCGUGGCUGUGAAGUUGUGUUGCAUGGUUGUUACAAGACACAAAGAAACAUGAUCACACACAGAGAAUCCUGUGUGUGUGAUGGUGCUUCUUCACUCCUGUCUUGUUACAAUUAUGCAGUGUAACUUCACAGCCAUAAUAAUUUACAGCAUGAACCCAUUUCACACCUAACCCACCUUCACAUUCCAAUGGGCAGCUGCUCUAUUUGUGCAACACUAGUUCACCUAGUUUUGCUGCCACCGAAGGUGCUGCAACUCUGCACAGAUUUUGUUAAGUUUUUUCCCUGUUGACAAUAACAGGUGCAUUUUUCAUGGCUGGGGCCGUAUUCUGAAAUGAUUCACUUCGGCGAUAGUAUCGCCUCGGCAAUAAUAUCGCCGUGAGGCGCUGAUUGGCUGGUUGAGAAAAAUUGGAUGACGUCGUGCUAAACCAGCCAAUCAGCUCAUAAAAUUUUGCUAAAACAGCCAAUUAAAGCACGCCUUUGGCCAAGGCAAUAGUAUCGCUGAAGUGGAUCGUUUCAGAACAUGGCCCCUGCUUUUGUGCACAUGCAGGUGCACUUGUCUGAUUACGAGUGCAAAUGCAGUUGCAUUUAAUAAAUGGCCACUUGUGCUUUUAGCACUGCACUGCACACACUCUUGCUGCCACGUCUUUUCCGAGGACAAAAUUUUUGGCGACUGUGCAGCUACCAUGCUUACCAAAAAAAAAAAGCCAUCUUAAUAGAAAGAGCUGAAUGCAGCCUUGGAUUUCUUGCUACCCAUCACGAUGGUUCAGUGGCUAUGGCAUUCUGCUGAUCAGCAGCAUAGUGGCCUCCUAUAGACACCCUGCCUUGCUUUCGUAUGUUGAACCCCAAGAUUCAAUCAUUGCCUGCUAAGCCCAUGUAGGCUAAAGGCUGAGAGGUCGCAUAGAUGCAUUUUUCUCAUCACUUAUGUGUGGUAAGGAAACCUCGCAUUUAUUUUGCUUCCUUUUAGAAGCUGCCAAUAAGAAUGUGCUAUGCACACAGUCCUUGUUAAAUCAAAAGAGUAAUGCAGGCUUACUUUGCUAAACUAAGAAAAAGAAUGUGUGCUUGUUGGAGUUUGUUAGACCACAAUUUCAUUGCAUUGAGGUUCAUUAUGUUGAGGUUUGACUGUGUCAUGCCUUGUAUUUUUUCUUUCCACCAAAGAUGCAUUAUGUAUAGAUUUAUGCACAUUUUUUUUUUUUUUUU